AUGGAGAAACUGCAACUGCGGCGUUCAGCUAUCGAAGGACGUCUAGGCUACGUCACUUCUCGAGUCCAAGCAAUGCAAAUUGCAACGGCUUGUGUGGAAGAUCUAGACGUAGAACUGGAUAGCCUACGAGAGCUCUGGCAGGACUUCAGGACAGUUCACGACAAAAUUCUCGAACAUUGCGUGGACGAAGAAUUAGAAGAACAUCUGGAAUACGAAAGGUCGAUCGUGACAAGCUACAACCGGACGAGAGCAACACUUCUCCAGUUCAAGCGUCUGAUCAACAACCGAAACGAAGCGUCUACGGCUACAUCGAACACCAAUACAUCAUCUCAAGAAUCAUCGAUAACUCCCGUGGUUCCCGAAUUGCAACUACCAAAGGGCAUUCUACCCAUCUUUUCGGGCGACUAUGGCGAAUGGACAUCGUUCUUUGAUCUCUUCAAGAGUUCUGUUGACCAAAACACGCGGCUCACAAAGGCACAGAAGUUGGUGUAUCUGAAGACGUACACUUCCGGGCGAGCAGCCGCUCUCUUGAGACACAUCAAAAUUGAAGACCGCAACUACGAAGGAGCGUUGGAGGUUUUGAAAAGGCGUUUCGAUCGGCAAGAUCAAAUUAUAAGUCAUCACAUUCAACGAUUCCUCGAUAUUCCUUCUUUCACCGUUGUUUCUGCAAGCAACCUGGCACGCUUGCACGAUACAGCAGACGACGUCAGACGUGCUCUUCAAGCCAUACAACGAGAGGAUCGGGACUGCUGGUUGGUGCACUUGCUACAAGCGAAGCUGGACACUGACACCCGUCACCAGUGGCACACUCGAGCGACCAUGAUGGAAACUAUUCCGAUGCUGACGGCUUUCCUAGAAUUCGUGGAACAACGAGUUUAUACGCUGGAAACCUCUCGUGGCUCAUCAUCUCAACCUGCAAAUCGGUCAGCAUCACGAACCUCACCUCGCAGUACCAGCCUUGCUGCGACGAACAGGGUGGCGAAACCCAUUUGUGCAGUUUGCGGCGAGGGUCAACAUAGACUUUUCUGCUGCAGACGAUUCAACAACUUAUCCGUGGCCGAUCGCAUUGAUUGGGUUAAACGUCUUGGUCGAUGUGAGAACUGCCUUCGUGAAGGUCACGGGACUACCGGCUGCUCAUACGGUACGUGUAAGCAGUGCAAUCAGCGACAUCAUACACUCCUCCAUGAGGACCGAAGACAUACACCAGCACAAAUUCCCGGUGAAGUGAGGAACCAUCUAUCGUACAACGACGCAUUCUGUUCUGUAUUCCUCGCAACCGCUAUCGUGAAUGUGCUGGAUGCUUCAGGAAAUCUCUGUCCAGCCAGGGCUCUACUGGAUUCCGGUUCACAAGCGUGCUUCAUAACCACCGACUUGUCCAAGAAGUUGGGCCUGGACAGACGUCACAUCAAUCUACCACUUAGGCGAAUCUCUGGACUAGCGACCAGAAUCCACGAAGCCGUAUCGGUGACAAUCCAGUCACGUAAUUCCGACUUCCGGCAGCAGACGGAGUGUGCUAUCCUCGACAAAAUCUCCGAACCUAUCCCACAUCAAGCGGUGAACAUCACUCAAUGGGGUAGUCUAGCAGAUCUCGCGCUUGCGGACGAGCUAUUCCACAUUCCCGGUAACAUCGACCUACUCAUUGGUGCCAGCAUGUAUUACCACCUGCUUGAACCGGAACGGAUUUCACUGGGACCAUCACAACCAAUCCUGCAAUUAACCAAACUAGGCUGGAUCGUAGCAGGAUUUCGUAUACCAGAGGAAAGACUAAAUCCUACCUCUUCAAACUUUUCUACACGAGUAGAAGCGCCAGAAGAAUCUGUAAAUCUUAAUCAGCUAGUCGCCAAAUUCUGGGAGCUGGAGGAUUUCAAGCCGACCACACGCUUGACCGUCGAAGAGCAGUUGUGUGAAGAUCACUUCCAAGCACAUACUACGCGAUACUCAAGUGGACGCUACGUGGUGAAGCUGCCAUUUCGCAAGGAUCCAUCCAACAUAGGCGACACUAGAUAUUCGGCGUUGCGACAAUAUCACGCAUUGAAAAGGAGACUGAACAACAAUCCAGAACAUAAACAGCUGUAUGAAAACUACGUCGGGGAACUCAUUGCUGCUCGACACAUCGAACCAAUGCCAGCGGGGCCGAGUCACAAACCAACCAUAUUUUUGCCUCACCACGCAGUGUUGAAGGAAGAAAGCAGUACGACAAAGCUUCGAGUGGUAUUCAACGGGUCACUCAAGUCAUCGAACGGCUUCACCCUGAACGACUUGCUAAUGACAGGUCCAGUGGUACAAGAAAGUUUGUACAACAUCCUGCUGAACUUCCGUCUACAUCGAAUUGCACUUAUUGUAGAUAUCGAGAAAAUGUAUCUCCAAGUUCGUGUAACAGAAGAGGACUCUCAGCUCAUCCGGAUGCUGUGGCAAGAACCAGGUCGCCCUAUGACAGAGUGCGGGAUGCGAACGGUAAUUUUCGGCUUGUCUUGCGCACCGUUCUUGGCAACUAGAGCAUUGAAACAACUUGCGGUGGACGACGGCGACUCGUUUCCACUGGCCAAGAAGGGAAUCAGCGAUUUUUACGUCGAUUAUCUUCUGUCUGGUGCAUCCUCUGUCCGAGAAGCUAUCGAGACGCGCAGACAGAUGACACAUUUGUUGAGACGAGGUGGUUUUACCAUGCGAAAAUGGGCGACAAAUGAUCCGGCAGUACUCAAAGACAUCCCGGUUGCAGAACGAGCUUCGUUGUCUACGCAUCACUUCGCCCCAGAAGCAUCGCUGAAGACUUUUGGAGUGAGAUGGCACGUCAGCGAAGAUCUAUUUUCUUUCUCCGUAAACUGCAACGCAAAUCAAACACACUACAUGAAACGUGAAGUGCUGUCGACUAUCGCGAAAAUAUUCGACCCGCUAGGUCUGAUUGGACCUAUUGUAAUCGUUGCCAAAACCUUCAUGCAGGAGCUCUGGAAACUCGACAUCGACUGGUCGGAUCCAUUACCAGAACUAUACAAUGUCCGUUGGCGUUCUUACCUGGCACAUCUGCAAGAGACAUGGCACAUUAAAAUCCCUCGUCGCUGCCUAUUCAUCGAUUCUCUACGGCGGGUGUACCUUUAUGGAUACUGCGACGCAUCGGAGACAGCAUAUGGUGCAGUGUUAUACCUGAGAGCCGUGGACGAAGUGGGCAACGUCAGCUAG